AUGGGUUCUUAUCACGAUCAAAUCAUCGCUCUCAUGGGCGCCGCCCCAGGUGCGAACCCUUUCACCGAUGACGCUGUUGAGACCAGCGCCGCUCCGACUCCAGUGACCAUGCAGGUGCCGAUACCUGGAAACACAAUCGCCGAAACACCCAUCGAGAAUCGCAUGGAGAUGACUACAGAGACUAGACUCCCAUUCGAGAUCGAGAUGUUCGGCGAACCAGAGCCUGCCAGAUCGGGUCCCAACCGCCGUCCUCCCCGUCGCGCUGCUGCGCCGACGAAGAUGCCUGGUGUCGGCCCUCCGAUCAGAGCUGUGGCUCGCAAGACAUCUCGUGCUGUCCAAAAGAAGCGCGAGCGUAGUCCAGAGGAGGAAAGCGAGGAUGAGCAAUCGAGCACUGAUUCAGAUAACGACAAGCGAUUGAAAGAAGCUCGGAAGCGUCUUCAAUACACGAAACGCCAGCGUCAGAAGCGUGUCAAGCGUGUUCCUCAGUCUGAGUCCGAGGAUGAGGAUUCCGAGGAGGAGGAGAUGGUGAGACGCAAGUCUAAAGGCAAGCAAGUCAAGAAGCGUGAAGUGCGCACUCCAUCUUUCAGCUCUCUUUCUUCAUUCGAAGAACCACAGAAGAAGAAGAAAGCUCCCAAGGCGAACGGCAAGAUGACUGAUGCCAAACGCAAGUCUACCAAUGCCUCCCUCUUGCUCAAGCGCAAAGGCAAAGGUCGUGCUAUUCCCAAGCGUGUCGAGGAUAGCGAUGCAGCCGAUCUCAUGGUCUGGCAAUGGCGCCAUGCUGGUCGUACUUGGCCAGAGAUUCGCGCUGAAUGGACUCGCAUGACGGGUCAGGUUCCUGGUCGAUCCAGUCUUAGUGUUCGCAUGGCCAAGAUGCAGGACAACUUCAUCGAUAAUGGUGGUGCAGAUGACCUGCUCCUGAUCAAGCUCAAGGAAGACGCCGAGAACGACCUGGAAACCAAGCGUUGGGAGUUGGUCGCGAAGAAGUGGAAGGAGGAGAAUCCGGGCACAAAGCAGACAGCAAAGACACUCAAGAAGCGCUUUGUGGCCAUCAAGGAGAGUGGCUGGAAGCUGGGACGGAGUGUUGAGGAUGGAAAGGAUCCGCUCACUGUAGCUGGAGCCAUCAAGAGAGACGGCGGUGUUCCUAUGCUCGGUGUCGAUGUCGAUGACGACGAAACUGAGGACGAAAUCAAGGACGAGGACGAUGGGGAGGGUGCUGGCAUGGGCAGUGAUGCUGGGGGUGAUGAGCAGAACGGAAACGGCAGCGACUAG